GGCGGAGACGGGGGCGGAGCCAGAAGGGGGCGCCACUGCUCGCACGGAGGGACCCCGGACAGCUGGGCAGGAGCCAUGGUGGAGGACGGGCCGCUCCCCAAGGACUUCCCCGAGCUGCAGAAUGACACGUUCCUCCGGGCAGCCUGGGGGGAGACCACGGACUACACGCCCGUCUGGUGCAUGCGGCAGGCCGGGCGCUACCUGCCAGAGUUCCGGGAGACCCGGGCGGCCCGCGAUUUCUUCAGCACGUGCCGCUCCCCCGAGGCCUGCUGCGAGCUGACCCUGCAGCCGCUGAGACGCUUCCCCCUGGAUGCCGCCAUCAUCUUCUCCGACAUUCUCGUGGUGCCCCAGGCGCUGGGCAUGGAGGUGACCAUGGUGCCGGGUAAAGGGCCGACUUUCCCCUCCCCGCUGCGGGAGGAGGAGGACCUGGAGCGGCUGCGGAGCAAAGUGGACGUGGCCGCGGAGCUGGGCUACGUGUUCCGGGCCAUCACCCUGACCCGCCACCGGCUGGCCGGGCGCGUGCCCCUCAUCGGCUUCGCCGGAGCCCCGUGGACGCUGAUGACCUACAUGGUGGAGGGCGGCGGGUCCAACACCAUGGCCCAGGCCAAGCGCUGGCUGUACCAGAGGCCCCAGGCCAGUCAUCGCCUGCUGCGGCAGCUGACCGACGUCCUGGUGCCCUACCUCGUGGGCCAGGUGGCCGCCGGGGCCCAGGCCUUGCAGCUCUUUGAGUCUCACGCCGGCCACCUGGGGCCUGCCCUCUUCUCGUCCUUCGCCCUGCCCUACAUCCGCGGCAUCGCCAAGCGGGUCAGAGCGGGGCUGCAGGAGGCAGGCCUGGCACCUGUACCCAUGAUCAUCUUUGCCAAGGACGGACAUUUUGCCCUGGAGGAGCUGGCCCAGGCGGGCUACGAGGUGGUUGGGCUCGACUGGACGAUGGCCCCUUCGCUGGCGCGGGAACGUGUGGGGAAGGCCGUGACCCUGCAGGGGAACCUGGAUCCCUGUGCCCUAUACGCCUCCAAGGAGGAGAUUGGGCAGAUGGUGAGCCAGAUGCUGGCGGCGUUCGGGCCCCAACGCCACAUCGCCAACCUGGGCCACGGGCUCUACCCGGACAUGGACCCGGCCCACGUCGGGGCCUUCGUGGAGGCCGUGCACCACCAAUCCCGCCGCCUCCGCCAGAACAAGUGAGACCCCCCUCCUCGCCUCCCCCGCUCCGGGCGGGGGCCCGACGGAUAAGGCCCGCCGGGGCCCGGGCGGCCUUGGCCCCGGGCUGGCUGGCUAGGGGCGCUGGACUGGAUGGGGCCCUUACUUCCCGCGGCCUCCCGGGGCCUGGCCUCACCUCGGAGCCGACCCCGGGUGGGUCGGCGUGCCGGGUGGAUGCGCGUGGACGAGCCACGGCUCUCCGUCUGGGUCCCGACAGAAUAAAAGACGGCGUCCUUGAGA